AUGACAAAAGCAUUUAGUGCUCCAGGAAAGGCUCUUUUAGCUGGUGGCUAUCUAGUUUUAGAUCCCAAUUAUGAUGCAUAUGUGACAGCCUUGUCCUCUCGAAUGCACGCUGUGAUUGAAUCAGAUGAAAACAUGACUUCCAAGCAUUCAACCUUGCAUGUGCUAUCACCCCAAUUUGAAGAAGGGGACUGGCAGUAUAAAAUACAGAAUCAAAAAUUAGAAGAGAUAAAUGGCAAGAGGAACCCAUUUCUAGAGGCUACAUUGAAGACUGUAUUGUCAUACACCCAACCAUCGAGCCCAUUUAAUUUGAAAGUGACUGUAUUUUCAGACCCAGGUUAUCAUUCACAAAAUAAAACGACGAAAAAGGUAUCAUCGAACAAUCAGAAAUCAUUUUUGUUCCACGAAUUACCGAUCAAUGAUGUUCCCAAAACAGGAUUGGGGUCGUCUGCAGGAUUGGUAUCUGUGGUUACAGCUGCAUUGAUGUCAUACCUUGAACCCGGUAGCGAAACAGCUAUUGACCGUUUACACAACUUAGCUCAAAUUGGUCAUUGCUUGGCUCAGAAAAAGACUGGUUCUGGUUUCGACGUGGCAGCUGCAAUAUAUGGGUCAAUUAAAUACCGUCGGUUUCAACCAAGCGUGGUUAAUGACGUGCUUUCAAUAUUAGAGAAUGACCCUUCUCAGUUUCCUCAGGAAUUGAGGGCAGUCGUGGAUAAAGAAUGGAAGUUCAAGCAUGUCAAAUGCUCAUUACCUAUGGGGGUACAGUUGCUCAUGGGAGAUAUUGAAGGAGGCUCUGAAACUCCAAAAAUGGUAUCAAAAGUAUUACAAUGGAAAAAGGAGAAUCCUAAUGAGAGUAAUCAAAUUUAUGACCACUUGAAUGAGGCUAACAAUAGCUUUAUGGAUGCCCUAGAGAAGCUCAACCAGGCUCAAAAUGAAGAGGCGUUAUCAGAUUUAUCAAAAGCGCUUCAAGAAAUCAGAAAAGGCUUGAAACAGAUGACAGAUAAAGCACAAGUGCCAAUAGAACCACCAGUGCAAACACAAUUAUUAGAUCGUAUUAAUGAAUUGGAUGGUUGUUUAGGAGGAGUAGUACCUGGUGCUGGUGGGUUUGAUGCUAUAGCCGUACUUUCGAUAGCAUCAAAAGCUGAUGCCAUAAAGAAGGCUACUGUAGAUGUACCAGACAUCUACAAUAAUGUGCACUGGGUUGAUUUGCAAGAGGAGGCAGAUGGGUUGAAAGUUGAAAAUGUAGAGGAUUAUGUAGGGCUUGUAUAA